AUAAAAUAUAGACUGUAGUAGUGUAGUGUUGUUGUGCUUACUAUGCAGCACUAGUCUAUUCUUCUAUUUUUCUAUUCGAUGAUCAUUGUGUCAAUUGUGGCAAUAUGACUGAACAGGAGGAUAAAAUGGAUGCAUCUACGGUUAAAAAACUCGUGAAUCGUAUUAAGGCUUGUACAUUUCUCCCAUACUUGAAUAAAUGUGAUUGGUCCACUGACGUAAUAUCAAGCAUAGAGGAGUUCGUUAGCACGGAUCGGCAAAUGAUUUGUUUGUUUUAUGAAAACAAUAUACUUAAAGCCACGUUUUGCAUACCCAAUGCUCGUACGGAUUCUAUAAUGUGGUUUCUUAAGACAACCGACAGCGAACACACAAACCUGAACAACUCAAAUUUCUUAAAAAUGAUUUCAUUCGGAAAAAUGGACACACAAGUGGAGAAAACAAUGUUCUUGUUAUUGGACUCUUUGUAUUCUCCCUUUAUAUUUUCUUGGUCAUCUAGUGAAAAAGAUCAAUUUUUCGAACAAUACAGAGCCGUUAUUCAAGAACUAUGUUCAUUGAGAUACAAGUUUUUAGGAAUGCCUAGUAUCUACAUCCCAACAAUUGUUGGAAAAUUUGAUGAAACUUUAAAAAGUGUUAGCGAAGAAACUCUCAAAGUACUAGAAAAUAUCUUAAACGUAUAUACUUUGGAAAUUCAAAAAUGCUUAAUGGACACUGAAAGAGUACCAACUAGAUGUGAAUAUAUGAUGGAACAUAUUAUUGAUGAGAUAGGUUAUUGGAAAACUAGACUUACAAAUUUAAGAUUCAUAACUACUCUAUUAAGUUAUAAGAGUGUUGAAGAAAUUCUCACAAUAUUGAAGCAGCAUCAAUCGAUUCUUGUCCAUUCUUUCAACAAUGCUAUAGAUGAAAUUAAGGCAGCCAAAGUAGAAGCAAAAUCCAAUCUAAAUUACUUACAAAUCUUAUGGGAUCCCGUUAUAAGCUUAUAUGAUGUACAAUCACCGAAUGACGUAUUAACAAGAUUGCCGGACAUUUUUGUUAAGUUUAUUUUUAUUUUUGAAGAAUCGGAGUAUUACAAUAAAUGGUCCGACAUAAGUCGUUUGUUCGAAUAUCUGGGAAAUCAAAUCGUGUUCAUUUGCCGAAAAACCAUAAAAAUGUCGGAACUAUUCUCUGGAAAUACGGAAAGUGUUUUGAAUAAACUGCAAGUUUCGAUGAAUUGUUGUAAAAAUUAUAUUUCAAUAUAUACAAAAGACACUGGUCAGUGGAAACUAAAGACGUGCAUAUGUUUUUGGAUCGCUGCAGAGAUAAUAAACAGAAAUCACCCAAUACCAAAACCAAAAUUUUCAUUUACUAAAGGAUUGGAGUUCGAAAAAGUCAUGGAAUCCAUAGAAUUAAAAUUCAACAAAUUGAUAAACAAUCUGGAGAAUGUUCAAAACUUAAUAUUCAACGUAAAUACCACUGAUUGGUAUCAACACGAACUCGAAUUCAAAAACGAAGUGAAAGAAUUAUGCAACAUCGUUGAACAGCUGUUAAAUGAUGCGUUGAGUCUUACAUGUAACAUCGAAGAAGCUCUGAAUGUUCUACAGAGCUUGCAUUAUUUUUCUAGUUGGCCACAGUUGAAUGGCCACUUUCAGAAGAAAACAAACGACGUCUACGCCAUGUUGAUCGACGAUAUAUCAUUAGCUAUGCAAUUUUACACUGACAAUAGUUACCAAAUACCGUCCUUUAUGAUCCAGUAUUCAGGUGUCUGCAUAACCGCGAUGACCGAAUACAAAAGAAUCGAAACGCUAAAAAAUAUGAUAUCAGAGCGUCCUUGGUUAUUACCGUGUUCAAAUAUUAAAAAACUUCAUGAGCUAUACAAGAGUUAUACAAUUGCCUAUCAAGAUCUAAUUAAUAAUACGAUUGAAUCAUGGAAUAAUCAAUCGAAUAUAAACUAUGAGAAAAAACUUGAGAAAUAUAUUUUAGUAGGAAACCAAAAUGAUCAAUUCUGGCAUUUGACGGUUAACUUGGACUGUGAUGUAUUUGAACUGUUAACUGAAAUUGAGUAUUGGUCGUUAGUUGGCUUCAAAAAUAUACUGACAACAAAUAACAUAGUUACAAACGCAACGAAAAUAAUGCGACUACACCGAAAUACAUCAAAAAUCGUUAAUGACUACAAUACUCUCAUAGCUGGUUUAUCCGAGCAUGAAAUGCUAUUAUUUAGCGAAUCAAUAGAGGUAUGCAAUAAAAUUACAUCACCAAUGAUUCAAUGCUAUACUUGGAAACGAUUAGACAUUGACAACUAUUUAAUUGAUUGUUAUGAUGAAUUAGAAUCGGUAAAGUAA